CCCGGAACUUACUAACCAGCGUUGGUUUUCAGGGGAAGACAAAAACGUGAAACACGAAGCUAGUUAGCUAUGUAGCAUGCGUUGCAUAUGAAGGCGGUUUUAAACAAGGUUGACACACUGGGUCAUGGUGUGAGGCCAUAGCAUGGCUGGCCGGAUCCCCCUCAUCCUGUUGGCAUGUGGCUCAUUCAACCCCAUCACACACCAGCAUAUGAGGCUCUUUGAGCUCGCCAGGGACCACAUGCACCAGACAGGUCUUUAUCAAGUGGUGGGUGGAAUUGUAUCUCCAGUCAGCGAUGGAUAUGCUAAACAGGGUCUUGUUUCAUCAAAGCACCGUCUGGCCAUGGCUAGACUGGGUCUGCAGAGCUCAGAUUGGGUUGCUGUGGAUGAAUGGGAAAGCCAGCAAGCUGAUUGGACAGAGACAGUGGUCACUAUGAGGUACCACUACAACCGUGCCGCAGAGAAACGCUGGCCAAGCACAAAGGACACACCUCUAGAUCGACCCUCUGCUUCUGGUCCUUCCCAGCUGAAACUGCUCUGCGGUGCCGAUUUCUUGGAAACUUUCAAAGUGCCCGGGCUGUGGAGGGCCGAGCACAUCGAGGAGGUGGUGGGCCACUUCGGACUGGUGUGCGUGAGCCGCAGUGGGUUGCAGCUAGAGCAAGCCAUCCACGAGUCUGACCUCCUCUACAAGCACCGACACAACAUCUUCUUGGUUCAUGAGUGGAUCCGCAACGAGAUCAGCGCCACUGAGGUCCGUCGAGCCCUGCGGCGAGGCCUCAGCGUCAAAUACCUUGUCCCAGACUCGGUCAUCAGAUACAUCACAGAGCACAACCUGUACACACAGGACAGCGAGCUAAAGAACAAGGGUGCUAAACUACGGCCCCUCACCAAGCAGACUGUACUGGACUGAGUCAUCCGCAAGAUCUUUGAUGUUCUUUGAGAUCUUUGAGAUUGAGGAGUAUUAUUUAUAUCAGCAGCUGUUUGGAAUCACCAUUUAGCUGUCGGUUCAUUCUUUCUUUUUGACCCAAUUUUUGGUGGUAGUAAAAUUUGAGCAUUACACGUUCAAGAUGAGUGGACGUUGUGGCUGUGUACACAAUGCCUUUUUGACCACUAGUUAGGAGUUGCAGAGAUGUUUAUUUUCUUAGAAGAAUCACAAAGCAUUGCACUUGAGCCAUUAUCGAACGUAUUUGCACAUCAUAGCUGAUGUAACAAAAGCUUGUGUCUUCAAAGAAGUAAAAGAAAUAUUCCCAAAGAA